UCGUCGUUCGGAGCAGAAGUGCGCCACGCCAGAAAAAAGCUACUGCGGAACAGGGCGAGAAAGCGAGAUAAAGAUUGAAAGCUCCAGCACACGCAAACCGGAGCGAUAAUGGGUUGGUGGAGCAAGAAAACCGAGACGGAUCGCAGCCAGCCCAGCCAGAGCCAGAGCCAGGCGCUGGUGCUGCAGGACCCGCGCACGCGCGUCAAGACCACGAGUGCGGCCACGGAGACGACCAACACGGCCGUGCAGAACUCGACGAUCACGGACAGCAACAAGCAGACGGUCACCUUCGUUUCCACCCGACAAACGGUGACGCACAAGCAAACGGCUCAAAUAACGGAGACUACGACGCGCCGCACGCCCAACCAGCUGGAGUUGGAGACGCUCAUGGCCCAGCUGCGGAUGGGUGGCAACGGAGCCACCGGCACCACCACCACCACGACGACGACCACCUCGCGUUCCCGGCCGCCCAGUUUGAACGGCGUUUCAUUCCGCUCAACACAGCCAUUCAAGGCCACGGCCAGCAAUGGCGGCAAGCGGUCCAGCACACUGGUGAAGACCGAACAGACCACCGUGACCAAGAAGAACGGGAACACGGUCACCCAGCACGUGGAGACGCAGCGCGUGAACAUUAAGGGAAAGGGCACCAAGACCACCUGGCCGCCGUUCUCCUCCACGGCCAAAAGCUCGGCCUCCACCUACGUUUCUCCAUACGCCCAGAAGCCGAGUCUGGCCAUAACAUACACAUCUCCGUACGCCAAGGCCACACCAGGAUCCACCAGCUCCAGUGUCAGCUCCAUAACAAGUCUGCCCAGUACUCCCAAACCAACAUCAUCCAGCACUUCUUUUACGAGUUUCUUUAAGCCAUCCCCCAAACCAGCUGAUAAAGUGCUGACCUCCACUGCAGUGCCCAAACCCUAUAUCAGUGCUCCAUCGCCCAAGCCAGCUGACAAGGCGCUGACCUCCACUGCCGUGCCCAAACCCUUCUUCAGUCUUGGCGGAUCAACAACCAACGCUAAGCCCAAGGUCGCGGCCACACCACGUAUCUUGGAUGCCCAGGGCACCAUACCAGCCAGCCUGGGAAGUUCAAAGUCCAGCCUGACCAAGAGUAAGCUAAAGCCCGCCAGGGUAUACAUCUUCAACCACGAGCGUUUUGACAGCAAGAACGAGUUCCGCACGGGCAGUGCCCAGGAUGUGAGAGUCCUGCGCGCCGCAUUCGAGCAGCUCAAGUGCAAGGUGGAGGUCAUCACAGACGCCACUCUGGCCACCGUUAAGCGAACGGUCAAGAUGCUUGAAACCAAGGACUUUGAGGAGAAGAGCGCUCUGGUCCUGGUGGUGCUCAGCCAUGGAACGCGCAACGACAGACUGGCGGCGAAGGACGACGACUACUCCCUGGACUACGACGUGCUCUUCCCCAUCCUGCGCAACCGUACGCUGAAGGACAAGCCCAAGCUGCUUUUCGUCCAGGCCUGCAAGGGCGCCAACGAGCUAGGUGGUUUCAUGACGGAUGCCGCCCAGCCCAACGGGUCCCCCAACGAGAUUCUCAAGUGCUACAGCACCUACGAGGGAUAUGUCUCCUACCGCACGGAGGACGGUACUCCAUUUAUUCAGACGCUGUGUGAGGCUCUCAAUCAGAAGGGCAAGACUUCAGACAUUGACACCAUCAUGACGGACGUGCGGCGCGUCGUGAAAGCGCAAACCAAAGACGGCCAAAUUCCAUCUGUUACCAGCACGCUGACCUCAAAGUAUGUUUUUGGAGAUUACAUGUGAUCCAUCAUAGUAUUUUUUAACACAACUUUUCCUCAAUCUAAAACAUGGACGAAAAAGUCAUGAUAUAUAAGAAUCCUAAGAGGAAAUCAAUAAUACUUUAAUUGUUUCCGGGAGGCGCUAUGAUCGUUGUGAUUCACUGACAAUAAAAUUGAUAAUUCUAUUCGAAUCAACAUCGAUAAGUAUA